CCUGCACUUUCCGGGCCUAAGCCUGUAUCGCGUGUCCCUUUGCGGGCGAGGCGGGAUCGCUUGACGCCGGAGCUUGGCCUUUUUCUCGAUUAGAGACGUCAGACUACCCACUCCACCGCAGCAAUCAGCCACGCGUGUUUAGCCCUGUCAACAACGUAGAUCGCGAGCCGAUGAGCAGUGCACCGAAGCAAGUUUUUGGAUAGAGACUUGGUGCAUAUCGCAUGGGUAUUUUGACACUCCGCUGGUCGAUGUGAGCGCUGCGCGCCAUGGCUUCAAGCUACAAUCCGGACCCCUCGACCGAGGCUUCCGAUGUCCUCUAUACCGCGCUACUAUCACAGAGGGAUCUAGCCAGCAGAAUCCCUAUCAAUUAUGUCACGGCGCCAGGAAUCAACCUUACUCCAGCCUGCUUCUCGGACCGUCGCUACGAAGAUGUCGCUGCUCAGCGAUGCCUGUCCAAUCUACUUUCGGUUGGUUUCCACCGGAUCAUUGUCGACCUCUACUGGGAUCAAAGCCGUCAGACAUGGAGCUUGUGUCCCGUAGAGCUUAGUACUGACGGGAACUCGACCUCGCCGAUCAGGACGGGAGCCUACCCAAGCAGUCUAUCUACAUCCUCCUCGUCCACGAGCCCAUCAGCUAGUCUGACAUUGGCCAGGGUCUCUGGAGCUACGGCCGAAGGUCUAGGACGUCGAGCUCUCCACACUUCAUUGAUUAACGCGAAUGAAGAUGUGCAUCUGUCGGCGGACAUACAUCCCCGACAAACUUCCGAGUAUUCAUCCGAGUCUUCCCAGGUCGUAUCCAUGACCAGCUCCGCAUUGACAAUCUCUGCGCAAGCGUCUGGAUCAAGUAGUGUGACAAGCGGAGGUGGUUUAGCAACAGUGUCUCAAACCACUGCAGCUGCAGACCCGUCAGAAACAGGGCAUAUGAUUGGACCAUAUCAAUGCUCAGAAAGCAUUGGCAUUGCUACCUUGACCAAUGUUCUGGCGGAUUAUUUCCAAGGAACCGAGAACGAUGUCAAUGCGACUUUCAAGUACCUGGAAUUCAAUGUGCACUUGGCAGCACCUUUUGGCGAUCCGACAGGCACUGCAAGUCCAUCUGAUCCCGAAAGAUUGCCCAGUGUCGGCAACUACAUCAGCGAUCUUAUCAACUCAACUCUCUCACCCUACAUAUACACGCCAGCUGCUCUUCGGUCCGAGAGAGCGGACCUCAAUCAGUCAUGGUUUUCAAGUGGUGUGCAAAACCCACCGGCAUCGGAGUAUCUCACCACUCAGCCAUUGAGCGAUGGCUCUGGGCUAUACACCUUGAAUGGAUGGCCUAGCACUAGUGUCAUCAUGUUACAGCGCGCUCUGCGUAUUAUUGUAGGCCUUGGGAGUGUAGAUGCGCAGAUGCAGCAGUAUGACUUUUCUGCUGAUGCCGACUCAAUCUUCCCCACAGGCUACAUCUCUAAUCCGAUUGAUGCGACAGUGUCAUCAAAUGGCAUGAUCGCAAGUGGGUGCUUGUAUCAACCAAACAACACCAUGCUGUCUGCAGUGAACUCGUCGUGGGCUGUUUCCAGUAGCCUUCCUAACACAACCACCUCUAACACGACGUCUUAUGCUGCUCUGAGUCUCUCAUCUUGUGGCAUCUCGCCUAUCAUCAACACACCACUCUACAGUUGUCUGGCAACCGAGAAUGCUACUGUCUACCGCGAGUACAUCAGCGACACACUAUGGGGCUGGGCAGAGGAUGAACCAAGUGAUAGCGGCACGUCGGAAGUGACAGGAAGUCGACAUUGCGCAGUCUCCAACAUGACGAAUAAUGGUCGAUGGCAGGUGGUCGACUGCACAGACGAAAACCACUUCAUCUGUCGUCGCGACGACUCUCCUUACGUAUUCAGCGUAAGCGACGACAAGAAUCGGUACUAUCAAGGCGAUGAAGCGUGUGGUGAUGGCUCCAGUUUUGCCGUCCCACGCACGGCACUUGAGAACCACUACAUGGUGGAUGCGAUACGUGACUGGGCUUCCUCAAAAGCCAGCAACGAUGACGAUGAUACCCAAGUCUUUUGGCUCAACUUGAACGACAUUGACAUUAUGGAUUGUUGGGUCAGUGGUGUCAAUCAAACCUGCCCUUAUCAGACGGGAUCGAGAGACAUGAAAAGGACGGUGAUCAUCCCGACAGUCGCAGGUGUAAUUGUGUUCUUGUUGGCAAUAUUGACACUCACCGUCAAGUGUGCGGCAAACAGACAGAACACGAGGCGUCGACGCAGACGCGGCGAGAGAGGAUGGGAUUAUGAGGGUGUACCUUCAUGAGAUUGUAUACUUGGGAGGCAUGAUUUUAGUGACCUGUGGCAGUAUAGACUUUGUAAUUGACACAUAGCCGACUUUUCUGGAA